GUUCAAAGAGUCCGAGUCCGUGGGGGUGUCUCAACAUCUGACCAACACAGUCUUCGUGGAUAGGGCGCUGAUCGUCGUCCCUUUUGCCGAAGGUUGGUGAUUUGUUCUUCCCUUUCUGUAUGAAUGAUCCUUGACUGUAUGAUGUAGUGAUGGGAGAGUGACGCCUGACGCCCCCAUUGAUUUCAGGAUGGCGCAAUAUGAGCCUGUGGCUUGAGCCACUGUUAAGCCUGUAUCCUAACUAUUUCAGAUUGCUUUGGCAAUGUAAACAUAUGUUUCCCAUGCCAAUAAACCCCAUUGAAUUGAAUAGUAACCAUUUUUGAUCUGACAAGCCUAUCUGAUUCUGUGAUCAAUGAUGUCAAGCCACUCUUUCUGUCCUAUCUUGUACGACCCCUCUGCUAAUUGCAAGUAGAGAGGUGUCUAUACCAGCUCUCACAACCCAGACCCUUGGUAUACUGUGGAAAUAAAAGACCAUACCUAUAACCAUACACGUAUGUCUUAUAUAUAAAGUUUCUGCCACACUGUAAGGUCAUAAUGUCUUCCAUGAUGCAUUGGACUUGGUAGACACUAAACAACACAGAUGACCUUGAGUAGUCUGUAGUAGUCUCCAGGGCCAAUUCUUCCUCCUCCACCAGUAAGCACAGUAUACCAAGGACUGCUUUAGGGACUGGGACUUGCUCCGACUGAGAGGGCUGAACAAGCCCAGACCCAUGGGCAGACAGACGCACCUCCUCAAAAGAAAGCAGAGAUGAACUUACAUGUGUAUAAAAACUUAACCAUGCUUUUUAUUUUCUCCCCCAUAUUGGACUAUCCUCUAUUAAACUUCUCUCUGUUAUUUGUGUGUGUGAUUUGUUGUAGUGGAGAAGGCAAAAGCAGAGCCCCCUCCUUGAUGGCUGAAAGUGGUCCUCUGCCUGCCAACAGGGGAUUGUAGGCAUUUACAAAAGGCCAGCAAGCGUUCAAGCAGCCCCCCCAGACCCUUCUCUUUCUCUUUUUUCCUGUGUCCUUCUUUCUUUCUCUCUCAUUUUCUCUUCUUUAGGGUAUUUUAGAUUACAUUGAAUGCAGUAGCAUAUAUAUUACUGUUAAUACUAUAAUGCAUAUCACAUGUAUUACACAAAUAUUUCUUGACUGCUCACAAGUACAUAUUUAUCAAAACAGGUGUGUUAAUAAUCUGACCUGUAUAAUGUCCAAUCUGGUUUUCUCAUUGGAUCCAAGUGGUAAGAAGUAAACCAUAGCAGAGUAACAGAACAGUAAACUAUACACUUCUCAAUAACACAGCUAUUGGUAUACCUGCAUUUCAUAUUUUUUCACCUUUAGCAUUAAGGCACUUCCUGGUUUGGGGAAUUGGGUGACCAAUAGUAUCCAAUUUAAAUUUUGCAAGAAAUUACAUGCACUCACUCACCACUCUGUCCCUGAAUUUGGCGGAUUAAAAUAGCAAAUCUCUGUGUUUUCUAUGUUGUACUUUAAGGUUCCUGCCUGUAUCUAGUUGUUAAUUGUCUUAGAUAUCCACCCCACAUGGCAAUGGCAACUGGUUCAGUGCUCUCUCUUUAACAGUGGUCUUUCUUUUUUGUUGUUGUGUUUUACAGUUCUUUUUCCUGGCUCAGCCAGUCCUGUAUACCAGGCCCCGCUGAAAAUACCACCCAACCGUUUUGUCUCCUGCAGCUAAAUUCUCUCCCCCGUGUGCCCUUUUUAAAUGUUGUUUGUGAGUGUGUUUGUGUGUCUUCUGUAAAAAAAAUUUUUUGUUAUUUUUGCUAUUGUAUCUUGAUUAAGAUAUUGUAUGUUUUCUUUUUUUAGGUAGCAAUGGCACCAUUGAGAUCUGAAACCAUAGUUUUUUUUCUGAUCACUAUGUUAGGCAAACAAGCUAAUCUAAUGUUGCCAAGUUGAUUUUACACUUAAAUAAAAGGCAUUGGUUCAUUUGUUGCAUAUUUAAUGCAGUGACAGGUAAGGUUCUUGGGAGUGUAGAUAUCACCUACCCAAAAUGUGAAUGCUAGCUGGGUUUUUUUUUCUACUUAUAACUGUAUUGCUGGUAAGUAGUAGAAAAUGUCAGUAAUCACUGUUACCCUCCAACUCUCUGAAAUUCUUUUUGUUUUGUGUAUCUCGAUUUUUCUCUGUGUGCUCCUUAGUAGUGAAGCCGCCAACGUGAGUCGCUUGUUCAAUCUAAAUGAAAAUUGAGAGCACACCCCACUGGAGAAGCCGCUGUGCUAGCUAACGUUUGGUUCAUGACUUAAAAAACACGUUCAGGCGUUAUCCCGGAGGAGGCUAAAGCUUUGUCACUGCUGGCGCCAGCAAAUGCUGUUGCAGGGAUUCUGCCCGGAGGAGGUCUCCUUCCAACACCAAACCCCAUGUCUAAUCCACAGGUAGGACUUCUCCCAACACCAAACCCCAUGUCCUAUCCACAGAUGGGUGGCAAUCCUUUCGGCGGUCCCUCCUUGGAAGCGAUGGCAGCGUUCGGGUUUCCAAACCCCAAUAUGAAUAUGAACCCCCAGUCAUUUCCCACUGACCAGCUUCUGAAGUUUAUGUCGCAGGUGGAUCCAAAAAUGAACCACAUGGGUGUAGGGAUGAACAUGAACAUCAACAUGAAUCCGGGCCUGAAGGCAGACUCUUCCAACAAAGAGAUAGAAGAGGCCAUGAAGAGGGUCAGAGAGGCUCAGUCACUCAUCUCUGCUGCCAUCGAGCCUGGGAACAAGGAGAGCAAGAGGAAGCACUCACGUUCCAGGUCCAGGUCUAGACGCAGAAGGUCCCGUUCUCGCUCCAGACACAGGCGUUCAAAGAGCAGGUCAAGGCGACGCUCGCACUCCAGGAACAGGAGGCGCUCCAAGAGCCCCCGAAGGAGGAGUGGGCGGUCCCACUCCAAAGACCGGAGCAGACCAUCACCAAGCAAGUCCAGGGAUAGGAAGAAGGAGGAGCGGGAUAAAAAGCGCUCCAAAACACCUCCGAAAAGCUACAGUACUGCCAGGAGGUCUCGCAGUAUCGAUCGAAAGCGGAGAAGGACUCGCAGUGCCAGCCGAUCUCCUAAGAAAUCCCCCAAGAGGAAAGUCUCCAGGACUCCCUCUCCUAGAAGACAUAAGAAGGAGAAGAAGAGGGACAAGGAAAGAGAGAAGGACCGUGAGCGCAGGAGCGAUAAAGACCGCAGUCGGGAUGAAAGGAAGGAAAAGAAAGAAAGGAGUAAAGACAAAGAAAAGGAAAGGGAGAAAACUGACGGGGAGAAAGGAGAUGUGAAGACGUCUUUGCAGGUCACCAGAGACUAUGAUGAGGAAGAGCAGGGCUACGACAGUGAGAAGGAGAGGGAGAGGCUGGACAAGAAAGAUUCCGACCAGGACUCUGGAGCCCAGUCUCCUCACUCGGUGGAAGGCAAUGGCACUGGGCUUUCCAAAGUCAACGGAGACGACCACCGUGAAGAGGAUGACAUGGAUGUCAGUGAUUGAGUCACCCAAUAAUAGAGACCGAUGUAUAGACCUCUAUGUACCCAACCCUCCAUUGUACCAUAACCUCCAUGCCCCACCGAGCUUACUGUAUUCGGGCUUCAUUCAACUCAACUCGAUCCUUCUUUAUCUCGGUUGAAUUGUUAGUUUUCCUUUUGGAUUGACGAGACAAAAUCGAUCAAGUAGAAGACGAACUGAAAGAUUAACCGUAAGAUUUUUCUGUUUUGUUAUCAUUUUCUGUAUGUAUUGUAAUUAUUUCGUUCUAUUUUGAUGGUGAAAAUGUGAAAAGGGUGGGGUUGGUUGAAACUUUUAUUGCUGUAAUUUGAAAGUGAAUUCUAAUUUGGCAAAGUGUGCGACUUGAUUUUCUUUUUUCAAGCAGAGCCUACAUGAUGAUAAUGGCUUUUGUGUAUUUUUUGUUGUUUAAAUCUAGUUUCUACACAUUGCUAGGAGCGGAAGCAGCCAGUUACACUGCUUGACAAGUUCACCAUAUGUCCAUUUUCAUCAGACAACAUGGCUGCAACAUAGAACAGUGCUGUGGACUUAGCUUUUUAUUAUUGAGCUUCUGUACGGAAGUCGCCUCAGUAAAUUCACCAUCUAUUUUCUGUCACUCCUAUACGUGGUAUAUUGUGUUUAUAUCCCAUCCGUUAUUAUACGGAAGAUGUAUACUUAUACUGGGUCUUGUGGCGGCAAAAUAAUCUGUCCUCUCUCUCAUCUAUUCACAAUACCCAGUAGAUCUGAUGCUCGUUGUAAUUCUUAGAAGUUUGUAUUGUUUUAUCAGUGAUUUUUUUAUAUACAAUAAAAACCUGGGGAAAGAA